UUUCUUCUUCUUGCGGGACUGAGCUCCUCUCCGCAAGAGUUACCCAUUCUGUGAACCUCAUUUUGCCAAGCAGCCAGCCAAAUAAACCCCACCCACAAAACAAUCAAACAGACACCACGAUGGACGCCUUUAUCAGUCAAGUAGCCACCAAAACUGGCAUUGACGAAUCCGUGGUCCGUACGUAUAUUGGGUUGAUGUUGGAGUUCAUCCAAAAGAAGGCCCCUGAUGGAGUGACGAAGGAGAUAUCCGCCAACAUUCCUGAGGCACAACCUCUCAUCGAUUCUGUUUCCAAGGAACAGCAACAAGGCGGUAGCAACAACGAUCUCUUGAAGGCCUGCAUGCCCAUCUUGGACUUACUAAAGAAACUGUUGGCUCCACUUUUGGGUGACGAGGCAAAAGAUGCUGCCGAGGUGACAAACAUCAUGACAAAGGCAGGCGUAAACCCGGCACAAGGGGGAGAACUCAUGGACAACUUACUAGAGUUUUUGAAACAACAGAUUGGGCCCGAUACGGUAAAACAGUUGACAGCCAAUAUCCCGGCACUACAGAACUUGAUGUCGGUGUAGCAAGCGUAUGAAAGAGAUGAACCGGGUCAAACUCCCCUCAUCAGAACGUUCAUUAUUUGGCCAUGCGAUUGGGAGUACCGAUGCUCAAUAAGUUUGUUAGCCCAGAGCGAAACUUUCAAAGCAAAAUGAACUUGACAGAAUAUCUCAAAAGUCAUAUGAGUGUGAGAAGAAAAAAAACACUAAUCUCAAAAGUAACAUGCUGUUCAUGACUCCGUUUAGAAGUCUCCUU